AUGUUGGAUAUGGGAGAGCGCAAAGAGGUGAAAAUGAUUCCUAAAUCGUCGUUUAGUAUAAACAGUUUGGUGCCCGAGGCCGUUCAAAGCGACAACAACAAUCACCAGAACCAGCAUCACCACCAAAACCACCUUCACCACCACCACCAGAACCACCACCACCGGCCCGGCGCCGCGGACGAAGCCGAGCAGAAAGCUCCUCUUCCCGUCGCGCAGCCGGACGUUAAGGCGGACUCUAAAAGUGACUCCUCGAGACAGGAGAGCUGCCCGGACGAGAAGGAGAAGCAGGAAGAGAAAAAGGACGCAAAGGACGGAGACGGCGGCGCUGGAGGGAAGGACGGAGAGAAGAAAAGCGGCAAGUAUGAAAAACCUCCUUUUAGUUAUAACGCUUUGAUAAUGAUGGCCAUCAGACAGAGUCCGGAGAAGCGGCUCACUCUGAACGGCAUUUAUGAAUUCAUCAUGAAAAACUUCCCGUACUACCGGGAGAACAAACAGGGCUGGCAGAAUUCCAUCCGACACAAUCUCAGCCUCAAUAAAUGCUUCGUCAAGGUGCCGCGGCACUACGACGACCCGGGCAAGGGGAACUACUGGAUGCUGGACCCUAGCAGCGACGACGUUUUCAUCGGCGGCACUACCGGGAAACUCCGACGGAGGUCCACCACGUCCCGAGCCAAGCUGGCCUUCAAGCGGGGUGCUCGGCUGACCUCUGGGCUGACCUUCAUGGACCGAGCCGGCUCCUUGUACUGGCCCAUGUCCCCCUUCCUCUCUCUACACCACCCGCGGGCAGGCGGCGCCCUCGGCUACAACGGGACCUCAUCGGGAUACCCGGGUCAUCCCAUGUCCUACAGCACCAUGCUCACCCAGAACAUGAGCAACAACCACUCGUCAUUCCCAUCCUCCAACGGGCUCAGCAUGGACCGGCUGGUCGGGGGGGAUCUCCCCUACGCGACGCACCACCUGACAGCGGCGGCCCUGGCGGCCUCGGCGGUACCCUGCGGCCUCUCCGUGCCUUGCUCCGGGGCCACUUACUCCCUGAACCCCUGCUCGGUGAAUCUACUGGCCGGACAGACCAGUUACUUUUUCCCUCAUGUCCCACACCCGUCCAUGACCACGCAGUCCGGCGGCAGCGGCGGCACCUUGCAGGCCGCCCGGGCUUCGGCCUCCAAUUCCCCGCAGGCUCCGUCCUCCUCCUCGCUGCCCUGUGACUCUCUUAGGCCCGCUCUGUCCGGCUCUCUGCCGGCCUUCUCCUCAGGACUUUCCGGGGGGUUGUCUGACUAUUUUACGCAUCAGAACCAGAGUUCAACCUCCAACCCGCUUAUACACUAACACCCCAAACCCUCACCCCCAGCCUCACCCCUCCACUUUAUCCCACCUCACCUCUCCAUCCAUGCAUCCAUCCCCUCAUUCUGCCCUGAAGGAGUGAGAAUCUUUAAGUGACUGGAACUGUAAGUUGAACAUUUUACACUGAACAUUUACAUUGUACAAAAAAUGACAAAAUUAUUAUAAACUACCUACUAUAGAAAAAAGAGAAGAGGCUUAAAACUGCAAAACAAAAAAGAGCAGCACUGAGAAACUAACAGAAAGCAGCCCUGAAGUUUCCAGGUAUUUUUUAUUAUUAUUAUUAUUAUUAUUAUCUUAAUUGUUAUUAUUAUUAUUAUUAUUGUUAUUAUUAUUAUUAUUGCUUCUUCUUCUGCUCCAUCUUCUCCAGCAGUUUUAAUUUUUGUGUACAUAAUGUCUGUUCCUAUAAGUGUCCGGGGUUUGUCUCUGUAUAGUACUGUCAGUCAGCGACGUGCAAUGUGAUCUGAGAUAAAAAAACAAAACAAAACAAACAAAAACACAAAAAACAGAGAGCGUGAGGAGAGCUGCAGGCUGAUUUUUUCUGUUAUUAUUAUUGGAGGAGGUAUUACUUUUAUAGAAUAUGUAUUUAAAAUAGUUUCGUCUAAUUUUAAGAUUUAAAAAGGUAAAAUAAUAAUAAUAUCUCUGAUAGCCUGUUUUGCCCGCAUUUUUGCAGUAUUAUAAGUAUCAUGCGGGGUUGAAGAAAAGCGGCGGAGAGUGAUUUUAUUUUACAAAAUUGAAACACAUUUUUUAUAUAUUUUUUUUAUUUUUUUGUUUCUAGCGACUCUGCCUCCCGCAGUUUAAAGUCCCGAGACUGUUUCUCCACUCGUUUAAUUUCCCAGUUGAAAACUGCUAAUGUACUUUCUAUAGACCAAAGAAUCGGUUUUUUAGGAUUUUUAGAGUCAGUAUUCAGCUGCAUAACACUACAGGCCUAAUGUGGAAAGAAUUAAGGACUGAAUGAAUGGAUGGGAGAAGGUGUGGAUGACGGAGUGAAUGAUGCCUCCCUCACUGCAGAAAAUAUCCAUUUAAACGAGAUUUAUAUUGCUUUUUUGCAGUCUUUUUAAAUUAGCUGAAACGUAAAUGGAGUUUGGUGGCGCCGAUUUUUUUCAGCGUCAUCAGCGAAGGAUUGUUAGUGCUGCUGGAGAGAUUUUUUUUGCCUCCUGUUGCCUGUUUUUUUUUUAAACCUUUUGAAUUUAACUGCUCGUGCUAUAGAAAAUUCAGAUUUCAAGGCUGAAUAUUGAGCACAAAUUUCUCGUUUUGCUGAUGGAUAUUUUCCGCAGUGCAACCUGUGAUGUGCUUUCUUUGACUGUAAACGUGAUCGCCGAUAAAAACGGACGUUCACGCUUCUUUUCCUUUUAUUUACUUUUUGUAUUAUUAGUAAAAAAAAAAAGCGAGCGAGAGAGAAAUGUCUAUUUGUAAGUUGAAUGUGGGCUUUUGCUUUUCUGUUUUUCUAUAAAAGGA